UCAGUUAAAAAACUGCCACUUCAAGUCCAUGAUCAUGGCCUCAACCGCUUUACCUCCCUCCAGAGAAAUUCAAUCCAAACUAUUCCCGCUUAUAAAAUCCAUUCCACACCAAAUUUCGUACCCAAUUUUCCCUGUCAAUUCUAAAACUCCUCUCUCUCUCUCUCUCUCUCUCUCUCUCUCUCAUGGCAUUUCUCUUACCCUUUUGCACAAUCAUCUACCUAUUUCCCAUUUCUCUCUCCUCCCCAUUCGGUCCUAAACUGGCACAAUCAGAAAAAGUUCCAAUACCCAGUUUUGCUUUCGGUUGGGCGGACCAGAAAGACACGUUUAUGGCCGGUGAUGUGGCGACCAUAAAGGUUAUAGUAUUGGGAAAUUACGAGAGAGACAAAUACAAAUAUGGUUUUGAUCCCAACGUUACAGUGAAUGGGAAGAUGGGAAAUAGUUCUUUGCUAUCUGGGCUUUCUUCUAAUUUUGAUAAAGACCCAAGUGUAUGGAGGAUUUCUUUCAUUCCGAUUAGGUUUGGGUUAUUCAAUGUGUUAGUCACUGAUGACAAUUUCAAUGUUCUAGACUCGUCACUGCAUUUUCGGGUCACAGCAGGGAAGUUCUAUCCAACUGCUUGCCUUGUCUCCUGGAUGGGUCAGAUGAAUGAGUUUGUGGCUGGUACUAAAGCGACAGUUGUGAUACCUCCUGAAGAUGCAUUUGGGAAUAAUGUCUCUUUAGCUAGUCAAGUGCAAAGUACCUUCAACUUUACAGUUUCUGCAACUUACGUAAAUGGUUCCGUCGCAACUGUGCUCAACGUCACUGACAUCGGAUGGCAUGAAAAUGGGUAUCUCCGCAUUGAGUUUAUCGUGGCAUCAGCUGGAGACCUCUUACUUUUUGUUAAGGAUAAAAACCAAAGCUUGAAUGGCUCUCCGCUGCCAUUCAAGGUGAAUCCAGGAGCAUUGGACGUCUCCAAUUGUGAGGCAAAUUGGAUUACUGAAACAAGCUCCUUCCAAUUGUUUUCUAAGAUGGAAGCUUUUGUUCACCAGCGGGAUCAAUAUGGGAACCUUGUUCCAGGAUUAUAUCAAUUUGAUGUUGAAGUUAUCGAGAAGGGGACAAAUUUGUUCAUGCCUGUAGCAGAUUUGAGCUCCAAAGAGGUGGCACCAGGUAUUCAGUUGUUUUCUUUCAGCCUACAGGAACCAGGGAGCUUCAUGCUUAUGAUUUCUGAUAAGGGGCAGAGUAAAGCUAUAUCCAACAUGCCGUGCAAUUUUACUGUCUUUGUUGGCUAUUGUGAUGGAAUGAACAGCAUUGUCAACGGGUCUGGUUUAAAUGAUUCCGGUGCUGGGGAAGUUUCUAGAUUUUCAGUUGUUUUGAGAGAUGCUUACCAGUAUCCUGCUCCAGUUGAGUUAGAAACGCUUCAAGUACAAAUCAUUCGGGAUUUGGAUUCCUAUCACAUUCAGCCAAGCAUAUUCCCUAUGCCAACUGAAAAUGCUACCGUAACAGACAAUUGGUCCACCAGUGACCUGGAAGUCAGUUCCGUCAAUCAUAUGGAAACUGCAUCUGCACCAACUGUUGAACCAGUUAACAAUUCUACUGAGCAUGGGAAAGUUCGGGCAAGCUCUUUUGAUGUCAUCUAUACACCUGAAAAGAGUGGAAUAUAUGCAAUUACUGUAUUUUGUGGAAAUAUACCAUUAAAUGGGGGUCAUCCAUUCAAAAAGGAAGUAAGUGCAGGUGAGGUCAGUAUAUCUCUAUCUGGAGUGGUGAAAUUUGAGCCAAAAGCACCAAAGAUGAUACGAAAUGAAAUAGUUGUGCAGCUCAUGGAUUCCUUUUCUAACCCUGUCUUAUCACAACAGUCAAAGCUGGAACUAGAGAUUGCCUCAAUUAACAAAUCUGGUUUCUCUACUUGGAUGUUUGUCAAUGAUAACUAUGGUUUAUACACUGGCUACUAUCUGGCGAAGGAUGUUGGCUCGUAUGAGAUAUGUGCUUCAUUUAACAGCAAGCAUUUCCUGCCCUGUCCCUUCGGGGUGAAUGUGUACACCAGUGACUAUUUUCCGAAAGCCUAUGACGAUUCGGUAUCUGUUUGGGAGGAUGAGUCAAUCACCUUUGAUGCCCUACAAAAUGAUUACUUAGCUGGAGGCAAUGCAAACAUCGUCGAAUUUUCACAGCCGGGUCAUGGUUCGCUACUACAGUAUGAACAGCUCUUCUUAUAUACGCCAUAUAAAGGUUUUGCUGGGAAUGACUCUUUUUCGUAUACCAUUUCCGAUGUAAAUUCCAAUCUUGCUUCUGGUGCUGUAAAUAUAUCUAUCAUCAGUAUUCCGCCACAGUUUAUUUCUGUUCCAAAUCAGCUGCACGCCAUUGAAGAUUUAAUUAGCCCCAGAUUUGGUGGCUUCUUGGGAAUUGAGAUACUAUAUUCAGAUUUGAAGGAAAACAUUUCUGUUAGUCUCGUUGCACGGACUGGGACAGUCCUCCUGUCUCCUAUGCUCAUGCAGUUUUGGCAGCCAAUGUGGAGUGAACUUUCUGUAAGCAAAGGGGAUGGAAAUGCUAAAGAACUGAAAAUUGAGGGACGUUUAGAAGUAAUCAAUUUUGCCCUUCAGUCAAUCCAAUACCUCGGAAAUGAGAACUUCUGUGGUGAUGAUAUGAUCCAAGUCUCUACCAUGAACGAAAAUGGAGUAAAUCACGUGGAUGUCCCAAUUUUUGUGGAACCAAUGAAUGAUUCUCCAUUUAUUAACGUCCCGAAAUUAGUUGUCUUGGGGGAGAAGAAUGAUGAAGAAGGACUUCUCAUCUUUGAUCGACAAACAAACAAGUUUGAUUUCUCCAUCGGGGACCCAGAUCUUAUUAACUUCCCUGGGAACGAUUCUCACUUUUUGGUCAUGUUUUCCGUGGAAGUGAGUUCCGGAUUUUUGUCAACCAAAUUACCUGCUGAGCUCAUAAGUACAACUGAGCUGAAGUUGAAGAAUAGUCAUCAGUGGCAGGCGCUUCAGACAUUCGUGACCAUCUCAAAACAUUUUAUGGUCAAAGCAAGAGGCAUCAGAUUCCAGGGAUCAGUCAAUGAUUGCAAUAGUAUAAUGGAACAACUGCUAUAUCAUGGCGAAGAAUUUGGUGCCAUUUUGAUAUUGAAAGUAAAUGAUAUGGGAAACUACGGCUGCUAUUCAGAUUGUGCAGAGAAGACGACAUCGCCUCUUUUUACUGAAGCUUACGUAAAUCUAGUGAGAAGAAGACCAAUGACUUCAUUGGUAGCUCACACUCUAGGAUCAGCAAUCGCAAUUGAAUCCGUUUUGGUGUUUUCUCUUGGUGUCCUACUUCUAUAUUUCACGUGCAAAUGCGCAAUUGUUCUUGUCCAUGAAAAACGAAGACGUGCUCCCAGGGAUAUUGAGCUCUCUGAGGUACAAAGUUCCAGUAAGAGAACUUCAAGUAUUGACUUUUCUGAGAAUGUGGCUGACUUCUCCGGGUGGUGUCCAAGCCCCUUGUUUAUGAGCCAGCCCUCAAACAUCCGCCAGAGGUCAUUCCGCCAUUCGGGAAUGGGAGAAUCUAGCAAGAGUACACAUCAUUCUUCUCAAUCUUCCAAGAUCAGAAUUCAGCUGCAUGAGGAGACCUCUGCCUAGUCUCAUCCCACAUGACUCCGGGAAGAACGGGAGACACGACACAGUUUGAGCCACUGCUAAACUUCCAACACACUGAUUCAAACCGGAAUCUUGAUUCCGUUCCUUGUUUAAAGACAUCUUGCUUUAAGAGGUUUAGCUGGAAUAGCAAUAGGCUUGGCCUUUGCACAGAGUAGGAUCUGCAAGAACUUUUUGAAGACAAUGGAUGGUUUUUACACUUUUCAUUUGUUUGGUGCAUAAUUAUGUAUAUAGUUUUUCUUUGGCACAUAGAAUACAGCAAAUGGAUAGUAGAUCUACAAAGCACGGGUACGGAUACUGGUACGAUUCUACAUGCGUUAGAAAAACUUGAGUUUAGACAAGCAUUAAUGCCAAAUUUAAUGCACAAACAAAAGUGCAGGCAAGAAUA